UUGAGUCGUCAUGCUACACAGAAGAGGUAGAUGGUAACAACCUAGUUCUUAUGUAGCUUAUGUAGACUGUGACUGUUUAUAUGGUGGCAAAAAUGGCUCAAUUUGUAAUAUAGGAAUGGCAUGUUGAUAUUUGAGCAUAACAUGGAGAAACUGAUAGGAACUUUUUAAACAAUUUUUUUGUAAGUUGCAUGCAGUAAUGCAGUAGAAAAAGAAGCAGAGGAACAGAAAGAAAAUCUCUAAUACAGUGUCUCAGACACUUCUGAGGGAGGUUGAAGUUAGGGGCAUCAAACCUUUGACUGUCAAGUGAGGUGUUUGUUCUGCCUCAGGGCUCAGGGGAAUCAGACAUGUCUACCGGCUCAGUAAGCGACGAAGACAUCGAGACUCAUCACAAACUGUCUGAUGCAACGUUCGGAGGUGGCAAAACCAACCGGAGCGUUGCCCAAAGGCACUACAGCCCCAGCGAGUACUCAGACGAGGAGUUGGGCACUGACGACGUUCAGGGAGCCAAAUCCGACCGAGUACACAGCACCGUUCUGGGAGGAGGAAAACAGCUUUCCAAGAGGGGUCACCACAAGGACGGGCGCCAGAUUCAGCGAAACGCUGCGAACGCCAGAGAGCGGGCGAGGAUGAGGGUGCUGAGCAAAGCAUUCUCCAGGUUGAAAACGAGUCUGCCUUGGGUGCCUGCCGAUACCAAACUGUCCAAACUUGACACGCUGCGUCUAGCGUCCAGCUACAUCUCACACCUGCGACAGCUGCUGCAGGACGACCGCUUCGAGAGCAGCUUCGUUCACCCCGUGAACUUGACAUGGCCAUUUAUGGGGGGCAGAUCAGAAGAUGACAGAGAUGCAUCUGGAGGCCGCUUGUGUCUAAAGACAUCAUAGGAAAGGAGGGGGGGGGUCAGCUGGACUGCCCCCUUUAACCCUGGUGGCAGCAUCUAGCCCUGUACCCUCGUUUCACCAGGACCCGCGGAUACUGACUGGAACCGCGGAGAUACUGACUGGACCCACGGGGAUACUGACUGGACCUGUAGAGAUUCUGACCCAUUGAACCCAUUGAGAUGUCCAUUUGGCUCCCUUGAAAAGGUGUUGGAAACACUACACCCCCUAACUUGUAUUGACUAGUUUCAGUAGUGAUUUAUUUCAUUGAUUGAUUUUUGGUCAUUGAAUCGACUGGUGGACUGAAACUCCUCUGUUGACCGUCAAGAAGAAAGGGGACAGAGAAAAGACAAUAUGUUCUUACAGCAUGUAGAUUUAAUUGCCCUUUAUUUCUCCUCUACA